GAUGAAGGAUGUAUUUUUUUUCCUUUUCUUUUUGGGAGUUUGGCUGAUUGCUUACGGAGUUGCCACAGAGGGUCUCCUUCACCCCAAUGAUAUGCGUUUGGGCUGGAUUUUCCGUCGUGUCUUCUAUCGGCCCUACCUACAGAUCUUUGGUCAAAUUGAACUGAACAAGAUGGACGCCGGAAUGCUGACAAUUGACAACUGCACAAAUGACCCUGUGGCUAUCAUGAAUGAAGAGUUACCCCCAUGUCCCAACACUUUUGCCAACUGGCUUGUGAUUUUGCUUCUGGUUGUGUUCUUGCUUGUUGCCAACAUCCUCUUGCUGAAUCUACUGAUUGCCAUGUUCAGCUACACCUUCUCCAAAGUGCAAGGCAACAGCGAUAUCUACUGGAAGUUCCAGCGAUACAACCUAAUUGUGGAGUACCACAACCGCCCAGCACUGGCUCCACCCUUCAUCAUCAUCAGCCACAUUCACACCUUCAUCAAGCGCAAGAUUCGCAAGGUGGAAUCACAGAAGAUAAGACAUUUCAUGUUGGAAUUGAAGGAGCCUCUAGACAGCAGGAUGCUAACAUGGGAGGCUGUUCAGAAGGAGAACUACCUGGUGAAUAUAGCCAAAUACAAAAGGGACAGUGAUUCAGAGCGCCUCAGACGAACGUCACAAAAGGUUGACACUGCAUUGAAACAACUCAAUGAAAUCAAGGAACAUGAUCGGAGGUUGAAAGCACUGGAGGCAGAGCUUGAAUACUGUGGUAAGGCACUUUCAUGGAUAGUUGAUGCCCUUCAAGAAAGUGACAUGGUAAAAAGCACUAAACACCACCUCCAGCCUUUAAGU